AUGGGAACUGCAAAGAAUCCCAAAAGAGUCAGAAAAAUGUUGGAAGAAAAUGGCCAAGCCAAGAACUAUGUAUUCCGGAUUGUCUUGACGGGAGGUCCAUGUGGUGGCAAGUCCAGUUCCCUCGAUGAUAUGACAAAGUCAUUGGUCAAGAAAGGUUACGAUGUCAUGUGUGUACCAGAGGUGCCAACCAUACUGCUGAAUGGUGGUUGCAAAUACCCAGGAGAAGACGGCAAUAAGGAAGCGUUGAUCAUAUUUGAAAAGGCCCUGAUCGAAGCGCAAUUACAAAUGGAAAGGUCAUUUAUAGAUAUCGCCGAAAGUACAAAUCGUCCCACACUGGUCAUUAUGGAUCGAGGGUUGCUGGAUGUAGCGGCAUACUUGCCAGCUGAUUUGUGGGUGGAAACUCAAAAAGCAGUCAACUUGACGGAAGAGCAAAUGGCGGAUCGAUACGAUCUCGUGUUGCACUUGACCACCGCCGCAGAAGGUGCCGAAAAAUAUUACACCACGGAAAACAAUGCCGUCAGAUUGGAAACUGCCGAGCAGGCAAGAGAACUCGACAAAAAGAUUCGAACUGGCUAUCAAAGAGCGCACAAAAAUGUCAAGGUUGUCGACAAUAGUACCGACUUUCAAGGCAAAUUGAAGCGAGCUACAGAUCAUGUCAUUGAACUCGUGGACGGCACGAGUUAG